AUGGCUAGUGCUCCCCGUAGUGCUCCCAGCAGUGGUCCCAGUAGUGCUCUAUCCAGUGGUCUCAGCAGUGAUCCCAGUAGUGCUCUGUCCAGUGGUCCCAGCAGUGCUCUCAGUAGUGCUCUCAGCAGUGCUCUAUCCAGUGGUCCCAGUAGACAGUGCAGUAGUGCUCUGUCCAAUGGUCUCAGUAGUAAUACUCUGUUCAGUGAUCUCAGUAGUAGUACUCUAUUUAGUGGUCUCAGUAGUGCUCUGUCCAAUGAUCCCAGUAGUGCUCUGUCCAGUGGUCCCAGCAGUGGUGCGCUGUCCAGUGCUUUCAGUAGUGCUCUGUCCAGUGGUCCCAGUAGUGGUCCCAGUGGUCCCAGCAGUGCUCUAUCCAGUGGUCUCAGCAGUGGUCCCAGUAGUGGUCCCAGUAGUGCUCUGUCCAGUGGUCUUAGUAGUGGUGCCCAGUGCUCUCAGAGUUCUGUCCAGUGGUCCCAGUAG